AUGGGCUCGUGGCCGGCGCCGUGGACACGAUCCGAUAUCGGCCCAGUCACGCUCACGGCGGACCCAGCGGUGUUUCAGAGAGAGCUGAGGGAUCUCUACGUGCAGGGAGGGGGCGACUGUCCUGAGAUGAGCGUGGGCGCCAUCAAGGCCGCCGUGGAGGUGUCCAACCCCCGCUCCUUCAUCUAUGUGUUUUCCGACGCCCGGGCCAAGGACUACCACAAGAAGGACGGGCUGCUGCACCUCCUCCAGAGGAAGCAAUCGCAGGUGGUUUUCGUGCUGACCGGAGACUGUGGUGACCGCUCCCAUCCCGGCUACCUGGCGUUCGAGGAGAUCGCCUCCACCAGCUCCGGGCAGGUGUUCCAUCUGGACAAGCAGCAGGUGACGGAGGGACCCCCGGGCUGUGGCUUCCCUCGGUCCCCUAGGACUGCCCCCGCCUUGCAUUGCAUUCUGGGAGCUGUCCACCCAGCAGGCGUGCCCAUCUCCCUGUUGAUCAACUCGACGGGUCUGCAGGCGUCCGGCCACUUGGACUCCGUGGAGCUGGCCCACAGCUCAGGACGGCCCCUCCUGACGCUGCCCACACAGCUGCUGUCCAAUGAGUCCACCCACCAGCUGUGGGGUGGGCCCUCCUUCCAUGCCCCCCAGGAACGCUUCUACCUCAAGGUGAAGGGCAAAGACCACACGGGGAGCCCCCUGGUCCGAGUCUCCGGAGUUUCCUACAGCGGGGCAGACUCCGGUACCCCCCUGGUGAGCAUGCCCCCCAGGAUCCACGGCUACCUGCGGCAGCCCCUGCUGGUGUCCUGCACAGUGCACAGCGCCCUCCCCUUCCGGCUGCAGCUGUGGCGGGAUGGCGCCAGGCUGGGCGAGGAGCGACUGCUGCCGGCCUCGGGAAACAGCAGCUGGGAGAUCCCGAGGGCCUCCAAGGCGGAGGAGGGCCUGUACCAGUGCACGGCCGUCAGCCAGGCGGGGACUGGCCGCGCACAGACCCAGGUGGUCAUCACAGACCCCCCACCGCAGCUGCUCCCUGGUGCCAACGUGACCGUGUCCCCCGGGGAGACGGCCCUCCUGGCCUGCCACGUCCUGAGUGACGACCCCUACAACCUCACGUGGGUCCGCGACUGGCAAGUCCUGCCGGUCUCCGAGGGCCGGGUCUCCCGGCUGGCGGACCAGUCCCUGGAGGUCAGGGGUGUCGUCCCCAGUGAUGGUGGCCAGUACCAGUGUGUGGCCAGCAACGCCAACGGGGCCUCGAGGGCAUCCACCUGGCUCCUGGUGCGAGAGGCCCCGACGGUCAGCAUCGACAGCAGGUCCCAGAGCUUCUCUCAGGGUGUGGAGGUGAAGGUCAGCUGCUCAGCCUCGGGGCUCCCUGCCCCCCACAUCUCCUGGAGCCGGGAGGGCCUCGCCCUGCAGGAAGGCAGCAGAAUCCACGUGGACGCCCAGGGGACUCUGCUCAUUCGGGACUUAACCCCGGAGGAUGCUGGGAAUUACAGCUGCCGGGCCACGAAUGAAGUUGGCACAGACGAGGAGACGGUUACCCUCUACUACACAGACCCGCCGUCCGCCUCUGCGGUGCACGCUGUGGUGCUGGCUGCUGUGGGCGAAGAGGCUGUGCUGGCGUGCGCAGUGUCUGGGGUCCCCCCGCCCCGGGUAUUCUGGUAUCGAGGGGCUCUGGAGAUGAUUCUGGCGCCUGAGGGCUCCAGCCCGGGAACCCUGCGGAUCCCAGCGGCCCAGGAGCGGGACGUGGGCAUCUACACCUGCCGAGCAGUCAACGAGCUGGGCAACGCCUCUGCUCAGAUCCAGCUGGAGGUUGGAUACCCGCCCCGGCUGCUGGAGCUGCCACAGGAGGUGACAGUGGAGCUGGGCAGGAGCGCCCUCCUGGCGUGCCGGGCCGCCGGCCGCCCGCCCCCCACCGUCACCUGGCGUCGCGCGGAUGGCCGGGCCCUGGGAACCGGACAGCGCCGCUCCGGGGUGCUGUUCUUUGAACGCACAGCCCCCGAGCAUGAGGCCUCGUACACCUGCGAAGCGCGGAACAUCUUCGGGAAGGCCCAGGCGGAGACGCGGCUCCUGCUCACCGGACAUGUGCCCCCGCAGAUCGCCAGCAGUGCGCCCGUGGUCCGGGUCCUGGAGGGACAGCCUGUGACGCUGCCUUGUGUCAUCCUGGCGGGGAGGCCCCUCCCCGAGAGGCGCUGGCUCAGGGCUGGCCGGCCUCUCCCACCCGGUGGCCGGCACUCCGUGCGGGCAGACGGCAGCCUGCGCCUGGACGGCGCCCUGCAGGACGACGCGGGCACCUACAGCUGCGUGGCCACCAAUGUGGCCGGCGCCCAGCACCGGGACGUGAAGCUGGCGGUGCAGGUGCCACCUCGGAUUCACCCGGCCGCCACCCACCACGUCACCAACGAAGGGAUCCCGGUCUCUCUGCCCUGCGUGGCCCUGGGGGUCCCCCCGCCCGCCAUCACCUGGACCAAGGACGCCCGCACCCUGAGCAUCGGCGGCCGCUACAACGUGAGCAGGGAUGGCAGCCUGGUCAUCGUCCGGCCAUCACCUGGGGACACAGGGACCUACGUGUGCACAGCCACCAACACCGUGGGUUUCUCCAGCCAGGAGAUGAGGCUCUCGGUGAACACCAAGCCCACCAUCAAGGUGAACGGCCCGCACGGCGCAGACACAGCCCUGAGCGUGACAGCCUGGGCCGGAGAAGGGGUGACUCUGGACUGUGAGGCCCAGGGCUCCCCGGCUCCGCUGGUCACCUGGACCAAAGACCAGCAGCCUCUGCCGCUCGGCACCGACAGGCACCGCCUCCUGCCCUCCGGCUCCCUGCGCCUGGCCCCCGCGCAGGCCGAGGACGGCGGCCACUACGAGUGCAUGGCCAGCAACCCCGCGGGCGCCGCCGCCCUGCACUAUGUCCUUGGGGUGCAAGUGCCCCCCCAGGUGCAGCCGGGCCCUCGGGUGCUGACGGUGCUGGUUGGAGAAGCCCUGGAUUUGAACUGUGCAGCCGAGGGCCACCCGGAGCCCCAGCUCCGCUGGUCCAAGGAUGGGGUGGCCGUGGGGGGCUCAGGGACCCCGGGCUCCGUCCACUUCAUGGCCGUGGGCCUCUCUGACGCCGGGAGCUACGUGUGUGAGGCCUCCAGCAGUGCGGGGACGGACACGUGGGAGCUGGCGCUGCGGGUGCUAGAACCUCCGCACUGGGGUGCCGAGGAGACCAGUGUGCUGCUGGAGCGGGUGUCUGGGGAGAACGCCACCCUGCCGUGCCCUGCCCAAGGGUGGGGCGGGAGGGCGCCGCCGUUAAUGGCCACUCGCACGGGCAGUGUCUGGGAGGAGGCGGUGCAGGUGGCGCUGGUGGGGCAGGGUGCUGACCACACGGCCCCCCCAGGGACCCCCGAGCCGCAGGUGGUGUGGCGGAGGGGCCCGCAGGCUGAGCCCCUGAGUGGCCGCACGGGCGCGGAGGUGCUGGCCGGAGGCGCCCUGUUCCUGCCCGUGGUGUCCCUGGCCGACGGCGGCGACUACGAGUGCCAGGCCACCAACGAGGCGGCCCGGGGCGGGCGGCAGCUGCAGCUGGGCAGGGCCCAGGCCUCCGACGCCGGCCUCUACACCUGCCUGGCCAGCAACCCCGCGGGCGUCACCGAGAAGGCCACGCGGCUGGAGGUGUAUGUGCCACCCACCAUCGAGGGUGCUGCCGGAGGGCCGUACGCGGUGCAGGCCAUGGCUGGGAGGCCCGUGGCACUGGAGUGUGUGGCCAGAGGCCGUCCACCCCCCGCCCUCUCCUGGCAGCACGAGGGGCUGCCGGUGACACCGAGCAACAGCACGUGGCUGGAGGCGGACGGCACGCUGCGGCUGGACCUCCCCGGGGAGGCGUCCCAGGGCCUCUACAGCUGCGUGGCCAGCAGCGUGGCCGGCGAGGCCGUGCUGCAGUACAGCCUGGACGUGCAGGUGCCCCCGCAGCUCCUGGUGGCUGAAGGCGUGGGUCAGGUGACCGCCAUCGCCGGACAGUCCCUGAAUCUGCCCUGCCGGGUCUCGGGAUCCCCGAUGCCCAGCGUCCAGUGGCUGCAGAACGGCCGCCGGGCGGAGGAGCUGGCCGGGGUGCAAGUGAGCCCGCAGGGGACCGCACUGCACAUCGGCCGCGUAGAGCCGAGCCACGCAGGCCUCUUCGCCUGCCAGGCCACCAACGAUGCGGGCACAGCGGGGGCCGAGGUGGAGGUGACCGUGCAUGAGCCGCCGUCGGUGUACAUCGUCGGAGGGGAGAACCUCACAGCCGCCUUCCUGCAGCCUGUGACCCUCCAGUGUGUGGGGGCUGGCGUGCCUCCCCCCAGCCUCCGCUGGUGGAAGGACGGGGUGGCCCUGGCUACCUCGGGGGGCCACCUCCAGAUCGAGAAAGCAGACCUGAGGGACGAAGGCAUCUACACCUGUGCUGCGUCCAGCCUGGCGGGGGAGAGCAAGAUGGAUGUGGCACUGAAGGUCCUGGUGCCCCCCAACAUUGAGCCAGGGCCCAUCAACAAGGCCGUGCUGGAGAAUACCUCGGUUACCUUGGAGUGUCUGGCUUCAGGUGUACCCCCUCCUGAUGUCUCAUGGUUCAAAGGCCGCCAGCCUGCUGCCGCCCGGGCUGGGCUGGCGGUGUCAGCCGAUGGUAGAACGCUGCACAUUGAGCGUGCCCAGCUCGCAGACGCCGGCAGCUACCGCUGUGUGGCAGCCAACGUGGCGGGCAGCACCGAGCUGCAAUACGGCCUGCGGGUCAAUGUGCCCCCCCGAAUCACGCGGCCUCCCAGCCUGCCAGGCCCCGUCCGGCUUGGUGCCCCCGUCCGGCUGACCUGUAACGCCACCGGUGCCCCCAGCCCCACGCUGGUGUGGCUGAAGGAUGGAAAGCCUGUGUCUGCCACGGGGACCCCUGGGCUCCAGGUCUUCCCUGGGGGCCGGGUCCUCGCAUUGGCCAGUGCUCAGGCGUCCGACUCUGGCAGCUACUCCUGUGUGGCUGUGAGCGCCGUGGGCGAGGACCGUAGGGACGUCGUCCUGCUGGUGCACAUGCCCCCCAGCAUCCUCGGAGAAGAGGUGAACAUGUCUGUCGUGGUCAACCAGUCGGUGGCCCUGGAGUGCCAGAGCCACGCCGAGCCCCCUCCCGAGCUGAGCUGGCGGAAGGACGGGAGGCCCCUGGAGCCUCGGCCCGGCCUCCGGCUGUCCGAGGACAAGACCCUGCUGGAGGUGGGCAGGGCGGAGCCCGGGGACGCCGGCCUGUACACCUGCGAGGCCCUGAACCAGGCCGGCCACUCCGAGAAACACUUCCACCUCAACGUCUGGGCACCCCCAGUGUUCCCGGAGCGGGAGACACGCACCCUGACUGUGAGCGAGGGCCACCCCGCCAGGCUGACCUGUGACUGCCAGGGGGUCCCCUUCCCCAAGAUCUCCUGGAGGAAGGACGGUCAGCUCCUGCCCGGGGAGGGGCCCGGCCUGGAGUCCGUGCUGGCCGUGGGGCGGAUGCUGUACCUGGACCUGGCGCGGCCAGCCCACGAGGGGACGUACACCUGCGAAUGCAGGAACGCGGCGGGGACCGGAAGGGAGGACCAGAAGCUGGAGGUGCACGUCCCUCCCCAGAUCGCUGACACCGAGGAGCCCUAUACGCAGGUCUCUGUGGCCCGAGACAAGGAAGCCAUCCUGGAAUGCAAUGCCACAGGAAGGCCCCUGCCCACAGUGGCAUGGGAGAAGGAUGGCCACCCUAUAAAGGCCAAACCUGGCCUGUGGCUGCGGAACCAGGGCCAGAGCCUGCAUGUAGAACAUGCACAAGAGGCGCACGCUGGGCACUACCUUUGUGUGACCGAGAAUGUGGCUGGCAGGGCUGAGAGGAGGUUCAAGCUCUCUGUGCUAGUUCCCCCAGAGCUCACUGGAGACUCCGACCCGCUGGCCAAUGUCACUGCCGCCUUACACAGCCCCCUGACUCUGCUCUGUGAAGCCACAGGGAUCCCGCCCCCCGAGGUCCGCUGGUUCCGAGACGGGGUGCCCAUCAGCCCGGGGGAGGGCACCUAUCUCCUGGCAGGUGGCUGGAUGCUGCGUCUGGCAGAGGUGCAGGAGGCGGACGGAGGCCUCUACUCCUGCCUGGCCCGCAGUGACGCCGGGGAAGCGCGGAGGAACUUCAGCGUGGAGGUCCUAGUGCCUCCCAGUCUCGAGGAGGAGGACGUGCAGGCGGAGGUGACGGUGAUGGAGGGACGGACGGCUCAGCUCACGUGCACCGCCACAGGCCGCCCACUGCCCAAGAUCACGUGGUUCAAAGAUGGCCGUCCCCUGGCUGGUGGAGAUGCCCAUCUCUUCUCCCCAGACGGAGCCCUCCUAGAGGUCCUCCAGGCCAACCUGUCCAGUGCUGGCCACUACUCCUGCAUCGCUGCCAACGCCGUGGGGGAGAAGACCAGGCAUGUCCAGCUCCGUGUCCUAGUGGCCCCCAGCAUCCGGGGAGUGACUGAGGACAGUCCCGAGGAAGAGGUGACAGUCACCGUCAACAGCCCCCUCUCCCUGAUCUGCGAGGCGCUGGCCUUCCCCUCCCCCAGCAUCACCUGGAUGAAGGACGGGGCCCCUUUUGAGGCCUCGAGCAACAUCCACCUGCUGCCAGGCACCCACGGGCUGCAAAUCCUGAACGUCCAGAAGGAGGACGCCGGCCAGUACACCUGUGUGGUCACUAACGAGCUCGGAGAGGCCGUGAAGAAUUACCACGUGGAAGUCCUCAUUCCGCCCUCCAUCUCCAAAGACGACCCCUUGGGGCAGGCGGGCGUGAAGGAGGUGAAGACCAAGGUGAACAGCAGCCUGGCGCUGGAGUGCGAGUGCGCGGGCGUGCCCCUGCCCGCCGUCAGCUGGUACAAGGACGGCCGGCCCGUGACCCCCGACCAGCGGCUCCAGGUCCUGGGGGAGGGGCGGCUGCUCCAGAUCCAGCCCACACGUGUCUCGGACUCAGGACGCUACCUGUGCGUGGCCACCAACGUGGCUGGCGAGGAUGACCAGGACUUCAGCGUGCUCAUCCAGGUGCCCCCCAUGUUCCAGAAGGUGAGCGAGGCCGGUGCAGACCUUGAGGCCCUGUCCCAGGAGGAAGAGGAGGCCCGGGGCGAGGUGACGGAAUUCCGGGAGGUCAUUGAGAACCACCCGGCCUAUCUGUACUGCGACACCAAUGCGGUCCCGCCACCCCAGCUCACCUGGCACCGGGAGGGACGGCCUCUCGCGGCCGCUGACGGCGUCUCUGUGCUGCAAGGAGGCCGGGUCCUGCAGAUACCCCUGGCGCGGGCGGAGGAUGCCGGGAGGUACUCGUGCAAGGCCUCCAACGAGGUGGGCGAGGACUGGAUGCACUUCGAGCUGCUGGUGCUGACGCCGCCCGUCAUCCUGGGUGACACGGAGGAGCUGGUGGAGGAGGUGACCGUCAAUGCCAGCAGCACCGUCCGUCUGCAGUGCCCGGCCCUGGGCAACCCGGCUCCCACCAUCUCCUGGCUCCAGAACGGGCUGCCUGUCUCCCCGAGCCCGCAGCUCCAGGUCCUGGAGGAAGGGCGGGUCUUACAGGUCUCCACGGCAGACGUGGCGGACGCCGGCGGCUACAUGUGCGUGGCCGAGAACCAGGCCGGCUCCGCAGAGAAGCUCUUCACCCUUCGCGUCCAAGUGCCACCGCGGAUCACCGGCCAGAACCCGGAGCAGGUCAGCGCCCUGGUCAACAGCAGCGUCUCCCUGGCGUGCCAGGUCCACGCCCACCCUGCCCCCGAGGUCACCUGGUACAGGGACGGCCAGGCCGUCCCCCUGGGUGAAGAGGUUUUCCUCCUGCCUGGCACACACACGCUGCGGAUGGCGCGGGUGCAGCGGGCGGACGCCGGCCGGUACCUGUGUGAUGCCCUCAAUGCCGCAGGCCGGGACCAGAAAGUGGUGCAGCUCAGCGUGCUGGCGCCACCCAGCUUCGCACGGGCUCCCGGCAGCACCCCCGCGGCUGUGCUGGUGCGGGCGGGGGACGAGGCCACCCUGAGCUGUGCCACUGACGCCCACCCGGAGCCCACGGUGACCUGGUACAAGGCCCAGGGGCCCCUGGCCCCCACGCCGCGGCUGCAGACUGUGCAGCGCGGGCAGACGCUGCAGAUCCUGGCGGCCCAGGUAUCGGAUAAAGGCGUGUACAGUUGUAAAGUGAGCAACGCCGCGGGGGAGGCCACGCGGACCUUCGUCCUCACCGUGGAGGUGCCCCCCACGUUUGAGAACCCCAAGACAGAGAUGGUGAGCCAGGUGGCGGGGAACCCCCUGGUCCUGACCUGUGAUGUGUCCGGGGUCCCACCGCCCGCGGUCACUUGGCUGAAGGACCGAACGCCGGUGGAGAGCAGCGUGGAGCAUGGUGUGGUCUCCAGGGCGGGUCGCCUCCAGCUGAGCCGCCUGCGGCCAGCCCAGGCCGGCACCUACACGUGCGUCGCCCAGAACGCCCAGGCUGAGGCCCGCAAGGACUUCGUGGUGGCCGUGCUGGUGGCCCCCCGGAUCCGGAGCUCAGACACGGCACGGGAACGCACGGUGCUGGAAGAGCAGGAGGUGCGGCUGGACUGUGAGGCCGAUGGGCAGCCGCCGCCCCACGUGACCUGGCUGAAGGAUGGCGGCCCGCUGAGCCAGGGGACCGGGCCUCACCUCCGGUUCUACCUGGAUGGCAGUUCCCUGGUGCUGAAGGGCCUGAGGGCGGCGGACUCGGGCGCCUACACCUGCGUGGCCCGCAACGCAGCCGGAGAGGACUCCAGGCUGCACACAGUUAAUGUUCUAGUUCCCCCCACCAUCGAGCAGGGAGCUGGGGAUGCGGGGCCGCUGCUGAGCAGGGCCGGGGAGCCGGUGACCAUGGCGUGCCCCACGCGCGGCUCGGGGCCCAUCCACGUGAGCUGGCUGAAGGACGGUCUGCCGCUGCCCCUCUCAGAGCACACGAGUGUCCACGGGGCGGUGCCUCCUGUCCUGGAGCCGGUGGAGUUCCGGGAGGAUGUGGUGGUGGCCCGUGGCUCCUCGGUGACCCUCCCGUGCGAGGCCUGGGGGAGCCCCCUGCCCCUCGUGUCCUGGAUGAAGGAUGGGGAGCCCUUGCUGACCCAGAGCCUGGAGCAGGGCCCCGGCUUGCAGCUGGACACGGUGGGCGCCGGCGACGCGGGGAGCUACCUGUGUGUGGCCGCGAGCCAGGCCGGGGAGGCGCGGAGGCGAUUCCAGCUGGCCGUGAUGGGUGGCAACGAGGUGGGCGAGGCCCGCAAGGUCUACCAGGUGACCGUCCACGCACCUCCCACCAUUGCCGACGACCAGACUGAGUUCACGGUGACCAGGAUGGCCCCCGUGGUGCUCACAUGCCACAGCACAGGCGUGCCCUCCCCGGCUGUGUCCUGGAGCAAGGCCGGCACCCCGCUGGGGGCCAGGGGCGGCGGCUACCGUGUCCUACCCUCGGGAGCGCUGCAGAUCGAGCAUGCCCUCCCCAUCCACACUGGCCGCUACACCUGCACCGCACACAACUCUGCCGGCGUGGCACGCAAACACGUGGCCCUCAUCGUGCAAGCCUCUCCCGUGGUGAAGCCGCUGCCCAGCGUGGUGGAGGUGUUGGAGGCGCAGGGGGCGCUGCUGCCCUGCGAGGCCGUGGGGGCGCCCCUGCCCACCAUCUCCUGGCAGAAAGAGGGGCUGAACAUCCAGGCAGGCGCGGGCACCCAGGUCCUGCCCAGCGGACACCUGCGGAUCGCCCACGCCAGCCCGGAAGAUGCUGGGAACUACUUAUGCGUCGCCCAGAACAGCGUGGGCAGCGCAGUGGGGAAGACGCGGCUGCGGGUGCUAGUCCCCCCCGUGAUCGACAGCGGCCUCCCGGACCUGUCCACCACCGAGGGCUCCCACGCGCUCCUGCCCUGCACGGCCAGGGGCAACCCCGAUCCCGACAUCACCUGGGAGAAAGAUGGCCAGCCCGUGGCGGGCGCUGAGGGCAGGUUCUCCAUCCAGCCCUCCGGGGAGCUGCUGGUGAAGAACUCGGAGGGCCAGGACGCAGGCACCUACACCUGCACGGCCGAGAACGCCGUGGGCCGCGCCCGCCGCCGCGUGCACCUCACCAUCCUGGCGCUGCCUGUCUUCACCACGCUGCCCGGAGACCGCAGCCUGCGCCUUGGGGACCAGCUGUGGCUUCGUUGUGCGGCUCGGGGCAGCCCAACGCCCCGCAUCGGCUGGACCCACAACGACCGGCCGGUCACAGAGGGCGUGUCUGAGCAGGACGGGGGCAGCACCCUGAAGCGGGCGGCCAUCAGCAGGGAGGACAGCGGGGCCUACACGUGCUGGGCUGAGAACAGAGUGGGCCGUGUGCAGACAGUCAGCUUCGUCCACGUGAAAGAAGCUCCUGUCCUGCAAGGCGAGGCCUUCUCCUACCUGGUGGAGCCUGUAGGGGGCAGCAUCCGGCUGGACUGCGAGGUCCGAGGAGACCCGGCACCCGACAUCCAGUGGACCAAAGAUGGCCUUCCGCUGCCCAGCAGCCGGCUCCGUUUCGGGCUCCAGAACGGCUCACUGACCAUCCGCAGAGCAGAGCUGGAGGACGCGGGACAGUACCAGUGCCUGGCCGAGAACGAGGUGGGCAGUGUGAAGAAGGUGCUGACCCUUGUGCUCCAGAGCACAUACGAGUGUGUUGCUCACAACCUCCCAGGCUCUGCCACAGCCCUGGCGUUCCUGGUCGUGAGAGGGGCGCCCCAGGGGAGCCGGGGCAGCAUGACUGGGGUGAUCAACGGUCAGGAAUUUGGCGUGGCCACUCUCAACACCAGCGUCCAACAGGAGGGGAGCUCUGGAGCCACCACCAUCCACAGCAGCGUCAGCCACCUCCCAGCAAACGUGGGACCUCUGCUGCGGACUCUGGUGGUCGCCAUCUCCCCCGUCUACUGGGCGCUGGCUGGCGAGAGAGGAGCGGCCCUCAAUGGCCACUCCCUGACAGGUGGCCACUUCCAGCAGGAUUCCCAUGUGGAGUUUGCUACAGGGGAGCAGGUGGUGCUGACCCAGGCGGCUCAGGGCCUGGAUCCCCAGGGGUUCCUGCUUCUGGAUGUGGCAGUCCAGGGCGCUGUUCCCGAGAGCCUGGCCGAGGCGGAGCUUGUCCUGCAGGACUUUGAGGAGCGCUACGUGCAGACGGGCCCUGGCCAGCUGUUUGUGGGCGCCACGCAGCGCUUCCUCCACGACGGCCAGCGCGCGGCCCUGCGCUGCAACCACAGCAUCCGCUACGCCAAGGCCCGCGGGCCCCAGCCGCGGCUGGUGCAGCACCUGUGGGCCUCCCGCCUCAGCUCGGCCUUCGACCCCGAGGCCCAGGCCCUGCGCUUCCAGCUAACCGCAGCCCUGCAAGCCGAGGAGAAUGAUGCUGGCUGCCCAGAGGGCUUCGAGCUGGACCCCCGGGGCGCGUUUUGUGCGGACACGGACGAGUGUUCGGGGGUCCCCAGCCCCUGCUCCCACAGCUGCCACAAUGCACCUGGCCGCUUCUCCUGCUCCUGCCCGGAAGGCUUCGCCCUGGCCUGGGAUGGCAGGAGCUGCAGGGAUGUGGACGAGUGUGCGUGGGAGGCCCACCUCUGCCUGGAGGACCAGCGCUGCGUGAACCUGCUCGGCUCCUACCACUGCCUCCCCGACUGUGGGGCUGGCUUCCGGGUGGCGGCUGACGGGGCCAGCUGUGAAGAUGUGGAUGAAUGCUUGGAACAGUUGGACGAGUGUCACUCCAGCCAGCUCUGUGAGAACACUGCAGGCAGCCACCAUUGCAGCUGCCCCCGGGGGUACCGUCUCCAGGGCCCAGGCCUGCCCUGCCUAGAUAUCAACGAGUGUUUGCAGCUGCCCAGGCCCUGUGCCCACCAGUGCUACAACCUCCAGGGCGGGUACCGCUGUCUGUGCCCGCCGGGCCAGGCUCUGCUGUGGAACGGCAAGGCCUGCGUCCCGCUGGAGCAGAGCGAGCAGAACGUGACCACCGUCAGCCAUCGGGGGCCCUUGGUGCCCUGGCUGCGGCCUCGAGCCCCAGCCCCAGGCGGCGCCUACCAUGCCUGGCUCUCCCUCCGGCCAGGUGAGGGAGCCCUGAGCAGCCCAGGCCGGGCCUGGUGUCCCCCUGGCUUCAUCAGGCAGAACGGCGUCUGCACAGACCUCGAUGAGUGCCGAGUGCGGAGCCUGUGCCAGCACGCCUGCCGCAACACCGAGGGCAGCUACCGGUGCCUCUGUCCCUCCGGCUACCGCCUCCUCCCCAGCGGGAAGACCUGCCAGGACAUCAACGAGUGCGAGGAGGAGCGUGUGGAGUGCGGGCCCGGCCAGAUGUGCUUCAACACCCGGGGCAGCUUCCAGUGUGUGGACACGCCGUGCCCCGCCACCUACCGGCAGGGCCCCAGCCCCGGGACCUGCUUCCGCCGCUGCUCGCAGGACUGCAGCGCCCAGGGCGCGUCCACGCUGCAGUACCGGCUGCUGCCGCUGCCGCUGGGCGUGCGCGCGCGGCACGACGUGGCCCGCCUGGCCGCCUUCUCCGAGCUGCCGCCCAGAGCCUGCCUCUGCACACGGUUCCCUGGUCCUGGGGUGCAGUGGGACACAGGCACCGCCCUCUGA